AUGGUUACAAACUGGACUUCUCUAAAUUCUCUAGUCCGUGAGAAAACAGUAGUUAUUGUUCAAAGCGGAAUCUUUUCUGUACUAAAGGAGGAACAAAUGCAAUCCAUUACAAAAGAAUGUGAAGUAGAAGUCUCUUACGACAAGGAUGGCGUCAAAGGCGCUUGGUACAGAGCCAUUCUCGAAGACAUCCCAACCAAAUCAGAACACAAGUUGCUCAGAGUCCGUUACAAAACGCUGCUCAAAGAAGACCGUUCGUCUCACCUGUCCGAAAUCGUGGAUCAUAGCUUAAUCCGACCUGUCCCACCGAAGGAUGACGGAGCCGUGUUAGGUGAAGGCUCGGUCGUCGACGCUUAUUACAAAGGUGGUUGGUGGAGUGGUCUGGUUGUGAAAAAGACGGAGGAGGAUGGUACAUAUCUUGUUUCUUUCGAUUCACCACCAGACAUCAGUUACUUUGAGAGAAAGCAGCUUAGGGCUCAUCUUGACUGGUCAGGUUCGAAAUGGUUCCGACCAGAAACCAAGGAAGUGGCCAAGUCCUUGUUUAGUCCAGGGACCAUGGUUGAGUUGAGAUUGUCUUCUGCUUGGCGUACGGCAGUGAUAGUUAAAAAGGUGGAGAAUGAGGAGAGCUUCAUUGUCAAGUACUGUGAUGAUAGGUCCUUCAGACGCAGCCAGAGAUCGAGAAUAACUGUCGUGGAUUCGCGAGAAGUCAGGCCAAGACAGCCGCCUCUUUGUUCUGUUGGAGAGUAUGAAUUGUUGGAUCAUGUCGAGGUGGUUUGUGGUUCUGUAUGGUCUGAAGGUGUGGUGAGAGGGAUUCUCUUCAAAGGACGUUACAUGAUUAGUUUUGGGAAAACAAAAGUGGCUUCUGUGCAAGUCAGUUGCUCUGAUCUUAGGCCUCCAAUGGAGUGGGAAGAUGGGAUCUGGCACAUAAGAUCAAAGACAAAAUCCAAAAUCUUUGGCAAGUGUUACAGUCGUAAGAGGAAACGAGGACAAGUAGAAAACAAUUCAGACCUCAAUGAUACUGUGCAAACCCCUGCUUCUAAUGUUGAGGACACUCAAGCGAAGGACACAAUGAUGGUUUUGCCCUUUGCAUGUAAGUCACCGUUGUGGAAGAUAUACGAAACAAUGGAAGUCUUCAAGACACUACCACAACAUCCUCAUUUCAGUCCAUUGAUUGAGUCGACAAGUGAAGAUUUCCGUGAAGGGUCUGCGUUGGGAAUGAUGGCGACUUUUUCUGGAUUAUUAGAGAAACUGAAAGACCUGGAGACGGACGUGUCCGUAAGCCAACUAGAUAGCCUCAAAGACUCGUUUACCAAGCUAGAGAAGCAUGGGUUUGAUGUUACAAGGCCUUUAGCAAGGAUCAACAAGGUGCUGGCUCUCAAGGAUAGACAGCUGAAAAUAUUGGAGCAACGUAGAGGUCUGGACAAAGAGAGGAUGGAUGAAUCUAACAAAAGGCGUAAGGCUGAACUAGAGUUUGGUGAGACGAAGCGCAAGAUGGUUGAGGUGAAAGACAAGAUUCGCGACCUGCAGAGGCAAGAAGCAGCUCUGAUAGAGAAGAAGGAAGCGGCCGAAGAACAGAAAGAGCAAGCCUGCAGGAAAAUAUGGAAGGUGGAGUCAUGUGCUAGAGAUGUUGCUGUAAAGCUUGAAGAUGUUGAGUUUGAUUUUGAGACACUUUUGUCUGCUCCCUGGUAAGGCAAAGAAAAACAAAAGGUAUAUAUGAUAAGCUCUCUAGAGCUCUUUCUUCUUGACUCAAGGAUUUGGCUGAGAUCGUUGUCGCUUGUGGAUUUAUGGUUGAUCUUUAUUUAUGUUUUGUUGAUUUUGAUGGAGACUUGUGAUGACUUAAAAAGUGUCUUACUAAGAAUGAAAGCUGAAGCUAA